UUCCCCUCUCUUCCCACGCUGACAUCACGACGCGGAGAACUGGUCAGCAGAGUGGCUCAGUCUACUCGAUGCUAAACGGAGUGGUGAGAGUUGUAGGUUCCAAGUUGUCGUUCCAUCUUCGACGAAGAAAGUGCUCGAUGUUACAGCAAUGGUUCCCGAGGACGACUCCCUGCAGAUGCACCUGUUGCACGAUUACAAUUCCCCAAUGAAGUCCGGCGUCCUCUAUAAACAGCUGCUGGGCAGUCUGUGCUCGGAGGACAUCAAGCUCUUCAGAAGCCUGCUGGAGCAGAGCUACAAGAAGGAUCCAACGGUCAUCGACGUGAACCAUGUCUAUCCGAACCAGUCAGAAGAAACUUGCCUGGACAUUGCCUGCAGGAAGGGACUGCCCGCGUUCGUGCAGCUCCUCCUGGACAAGGGAGCCAACGUGAACAGGGUCAACAAGGUUCACAACCGUGGUCCGAUCCACUUCGCCACGGAGAAGGGCUACCAGGACGUUCUCCAGGUGCUCCUGAAGGACCCCAGGAUCAAUCCGAACUUGGAGGCGGGUCAGCGGACUGCUCUGCACAUGGCGGUGAAGAAGAAUGACCUGGCCUGCGCGCAGCUGCUCCUGGAGAAGGGCGCCAGUCCCAACAUCCCCAACAACAAAGGCUGGACUGCUAUUCACAUGGCGGCCAUGAACGGUCAGACGGACAUGGUGCAGCUGAUUUUUGACAAGUCGACGCACGUCCUGGACUUUGAUAGGUACAAGGAUCACAAGAACCAAAGCACCAGGGACGUCCUGGCUAAGACAAUGCCUGACCUGCGGCUACCACCUCCGGUUCAGAACAACGGCGCCAAUGUUCAUGAUCUCAAGUAUUACUUAAAUGUAAAUGAUGAGACGAAUUUCUUGAACUGCUUGGAAGUCGUCGAGGAUGAUGUGGUGAACAACGUGGCUGAGGACCUGAUGGAGAUGGCUGUACGACGGGACUUUAAGGACGCGGUCUCAGCGUUGCUGAAAAGAGUCAGAGAGGCUGAGUGUAAUCUACCGGAGGCUGCUAAACUGGCAGUGCAGAAGGGCUUACCGGAUGUUCUCAGGAGGAUAUUGAGCACGGACGUCCAGGUGGGGAACAAGUUGCUGAUGGACGCCUGCGUGGAGCUGGGCAUCCCUGGGAAAGGCUCGGAGGGCACGGCUGAUCGCUUGGAGUGCCUCAGGUUGAUUCUGGAAAGAGAGGAGGUGGAUGUUAGGUGCACUGACAACAAGGGGAACACGCCGCUGCAUUACGCAGCCAGAGCGGACUGCCGCGAAGCAGUGACGAUGCUGCUGGAAAAAGGAAGCUACAUCGGCCACAUGAACACGUUCGGCGUGCCGCCGGUCGCCGACAUAUCCGUGUCAACAUUGUCCGGCUACUUCGACGACUGUAUACAAGCCAGGAAAGAGCGGACGAACGAGUACAUAAUCGAGUUCGACUACAAAUGCCUGAUGCCUCACGACACGCCUCACAUGGAGGGGCAAGCGUCCAUUAAUCAGCAGAAACGUGAAAUGGACAUCUUCCAGUACAUAGCGAACAGCACCGACAUGAAGCAUUUGCUGAAGCAUCCUCUUCUCUCCUCAUUCCUGUACAUGAAGUGGCGCAGGAUAAGGCACAUCCUUUUCCUGAACUUCGCCUUCUACUUGCUCCUCUACUGUCUACUGAACAGCUACAUCCUGUUGGCGACGUACAACCCAAUCAACAACAUGAAUGCAUCCAACUCCAGCGAGGCAGAAAUGGUAAUGGAGUCAGGUACCAUUGGCGUCUUAAGGAUUCUAGCAAGCAUCGCUCUGGUGUUCCUAGGGAUCAGAGAGUUUCUUCAGCUAGUCUCGUCGCCCUGCUACUAUGUGUCCAAUUGCGAGAACUGGUUGGAAGUAACGUUGCUGAUACUUGGCUUCUCUGCACUCUAUGGAGCAGACAGCAAUGUCGCCGCUGUGGUGGUGCUGCUGUCCGCUUGGGAACUGGUGAUCCUGAUCGGCCAGCACCCACGGAUGUCCACCGACAUCGAGAUGUUCAAGACGGUGUCGGUGAAUUUCCUGCGUUUCCUGUUCCUCUACACGUUCCUGAUCCUCGCGUUCGCGAACGCCUUCUUCGUCCUCUUCAAGGACAACGAGAACUUCCUGGACCCUGGGAACUCCUUGUUCAAAACCAUCAUCAUGCUCACGGGGGAAUUCGAGGCGAACGAGAUACCGUUCGUGUCCCAUCCGGUUAUGAGCCACCUGGUCUUUGUGUCGUUCGUUUUUUUCAUCGCCAUAGUGUUAUUCAAUCUGCUGAACGGUUUAGCGGUGAGCGACACCGCAGAGAUCCUCGACAAGGCGGAACUGGUCGGGCUGAUCUCUAGGAUAAGAUUGGUGUCGUACGUGGAGAUCAUGGCGAUCAGCGCUCCGCUUCUGCACGGGCCCCAUUGCUUGCUCUGCCAUGGCUUCUCGCGUGGCUGGUCCUGUAGGCCUCUGACCUUCCUUGCUGAUAAAAUCCUGAUCUUCCCGGAUUACUUGAAGGAUGGCAAAUUGAGUGUGAAACCGUAUGACAGUUUGGAGACUUUUGGUAAUAUUGAUUAUAAGAAACCUGCUGGCGAGGCGAAGGACAGAGUGUUUCCUGUCUUCAAGAUGGACCGUCACGUUAUGAAGCAAGCUAAGGAGAUCCUUGCAAAGAGAGGCCGGGAAUCGGAUACUGAAAGGAUGAUCAAUGAAUUAGAAGGGGUGAAAGAGAGGCUGGCUUUGAUCGAUAUCACUUUGAACGCCCUGAAACUGGGUCUCGAUAAUAAUAAUGUUAAUGCUAGAAGAGACGAUUGAAUAAUUCAUUUGAGAUCUUUCAAGCAUAUAUAUAUUUUCUCGUUUGUUUCUCAUUUCUUUACAAGUUCCAAGGAUCAUUGGUACUCAAUGAUACAUAGUUUUGUCAGAAUUAAUACUGACACGGUAGAAAAAUAGAAAAAUUAUAUUGUUCAAUGUUACUAUAAUAUAUAUAUAUAUAUAUAGAGAUAUAUUGUUUUAAGUAGUGUGGUAUUUAAUUUCAUAUAAAUUUCUGUACGACUGUUGACUUUAUGUCUGACUGUGUAAUAAAUAAGGUUUCUACAAUUGUUAUAAGUGUGUAAUAAAAGUAUCAGUAACGCAUACGUUGUUCCUUUUAUAGUGCGAAUGGGUAAUACAAAUCUUUUAUAUCUGUGAAACGCACAACUAUAUAGUUCUACAAAUAAAUGGUUUGUUAAUAAACUAAUCUACAUGUAUAACUCACGCGCAUUCCAAUCUCAGAUCAAUAUUUAUGGCCGUUCUCAUACCAUACAUGAACAUUCAACGAAUUUCAUAAUUUAAUUGCAACUUAAACGUGUAUGUACUUAUAAAUAAAUAUUUUCCACAUACAGAUGUUCAAACGUUAACCAGAGACUUCUUCUUGAGUGGUCGCUUUCUCUUUUCCACGUCGUAUCAAAAUAUCGGUAUAAAAUAAAUUGAAAUCUAGCCUAAUAACAAAAAUUAUUUGAUUAGAUUAAUAUUAUUAAUAACUCUUUUCUUAAUUAUACUUUUUAUAAUGCAAAAAUAGAUAGAGUUAAACAUUUCUUACCUGCAGAAGACGUUUAAAAGCUUCUCAUUGUUAUUAUCACUUCCUAGAUCACAGAUCCUGUCUAGAAGGCGCAUUAAUACUUGUGUAAAUUUAUCGUCCAGCGACACAAUUGUCUCCUCGAAGCUCCCCGCGUUUUCUUUGGACAUGUCUCCGUGUUCAGUCUAACGAGAUAAACAAAAAUAAACCUAUUAUCCUUACACUUUGUUUUGUACAUGUACUACAUCCCUUGUGGAACUAAGAUUAAAAAGCAUACACCGUUGAAAAUGAAUGUAAUGUACACAAAUAUAUUAGAAGUGUUUCAUUGAAAUAUACGUAUAAAUUAUAGAUUAAAAUUUAUGAAAUGAAUGCAUCGGAUGGGUUGAAACUAACAUACCUGUAAUAUAAAAAUCAGAUCACAUAUCACUACAAGUACAAUUACAUAUUUAAAGAUUGAAGUUCAUAAUAUCAAGUAUCAUGCUACGUAUUAAAAAUGUUCAGAUAUUAGGUAUAAAAGUUGACAUAUAACUUCAAAUAAAUAUAACAUACCGUCGAGUACAGAUAAAUUAAAUCACAUUUACGGAUAAGAAACUAUGUAGUCAUAAUUAAUGCAAUAUCUGCAUGCAACAUUAACAUUGAAUUACAUAAAAUAAUGCUGUAUAGUUAGAUGCUAAAUAUUAAGAAAGAGAUUAUAAGGGAUAUUAUACUUCUAUGGAUCAGAAUAUUUAAUUUCUCGUAAUAUGGUCUCUACUAUUCCUGUAAAACAUUAUUGUAGUUUUUAUUAUACAUAAAUCUAUCUGAGAACUUCAUUAUGUUGUUGACUGUGAACAUAGUAUGCGCAGGAGCCAUUUAUUCUAUAAGAAAGUCUAUUACAGAACUAGUAUUUCCCUGUAAUUUUCUAUGUUUAUAACGAAAUUGUUAACAAUGAUAAGUAAAAUGUUUUUACUAAAUAUAUAUUAAUAAAGAUGAUGUUAUACAUGAUUAUUGAUUGAAUGGUGAGUUAGUAAAUAUUGGUAAUAGUGUAACAGAGUCAUACUCCAUAAUAAAUUACAAAAAGUUGAUAUAAGCUGUAAAGCUUCCAUUUAUAUAAUCUGCUGUUUUCUAACUAUUAACGAAAAGGAAUGAAUUUCAUUAACGAAUUGAUAAUAUUUAAAUAUUAUAUACAACAAAAUACCAUGCGAA